CAGUAACAGCGGGGAGACGCGCGUUACCACCGACUCCUCCACACGCUGACCUUCCGGGCGCCGGUGUCCGCUAAGCCUCAUACUUCCGCUUUGCGACGUGGUACGACCCGGAAGCCGGCCGCGCCUGACGGCAGUUUUCCGGUGGUGGGAAAGUGAACGGAGCCCGUGUCGGGGCGGCGCAUCCUGAGGCAGGCGGGUUCCCCGCGGAAGAGGGAAGGCAGGCGGCGGGGGAGGGCCUGGCUUGGGCAGCCGGCGGAGCAGCAGCUGCAGAAGCUGGCAGCGCAGAGAGGGGAUGGUGCCCGGCGGCGCCGAGAAGGAGGCGCAGUCCGUCCCGCAGGGUUAGUGAACGAGGCUGUCCGCCCGGGCCGGCCGGGGACUGUGCGGUGCGGGUCCCAGCAUGAGUUCGGGCCCCGCCUGUGAGCCCCGCAUCAAGCGACCCCGGUGGGGCGCCUCUGAAACUUCUCCGCCGGCCGCCUCCGACGCCCGGAGCUUCCCCGGCGGGCAGAGGCGCGUCCUCGAUCCCAAGGACGCUGCUGUGCGGUGCAGGGUCCCACCCUCCUCGCCAGGCGGCGUCCCGGGGUGGGCGGGACCGCACAGAGGCAGCAUCACCUCGCUUGUUUUCAAACAAAAGACUAUUACCAGUUGGAUGGACACUAAAGGAAUCAAGACAGCUGAAUCAGAAAGUUUGCAUAGUAAAGAAAACAACAAUACAAGAGUAGAAUCCAUGAUGAGUUCUGUACAAAAAGAUAACUUUUAUCAACAUAACAUGGAAAAAUUAGAAAAUGUUUCUCAGCGAAGUAUUGAUAAAUCACCAGUUGAAAAAAGUACACAGUAUUUGAACCAGCAGCAGACUGCAGCUAUGUGUAAGUGGCAAAAUGAAGGAAAACACACUGAGCAACUUUUGGAAGGUGAACCUCCAACAGUAACUCUGGUAUCAGAACAGUUCAGUAAUGCUAACGUUGAUCAGUCACCUCAAAAUGAUGAUUACAGUGACACAUAUAGUGAAGAAAGUAGAGAUAAUCAACAGUUUUUUAUACCUGUAAAGCUUGCAAAUGCAAAGCAGACUACAGAAGAUGAACAGGCCAGAGAAGCCAGAAGCCACCAGAAGUGCAGAAAGUCUUGCCACCUUGUGGAAGACUGUGCAGAUUGUCAACAGGAAGAGAUAGAUGUAGUGCCUGAGAGUCCCUUGUCAGACAUUGGCUCAGAGGAUGUCAGUACUGGACUGAAAAAUGCCAACAAAUUGAGUAGGCAGGAAGGUAGCCUAGGAAAUUCUCCUCCAUUUGAGAAAGAAAGUGAACUCGAGUCACCAAUGGAUGUAGAUAAUUCCAAAAAUAGUUGUCAGGACUCAGAAGCAGAUGAAGAAACGAGUCCAGGAUUUGAUGAACAAGAAGAUAGUUCCACCCAAAGAGCAAAUAAACCUUCAAAGUUCCAAGCCAAAGAAGCUGACACUGAAUUGAGGAAACAGUCAUCUGCUAAGGGAGGUGAAAUUCGAUUACAUUUCCAGUUUGAAGGAGAAAGUUGUGCUGGAAUGAAUGAUUUAAGUGCCAGACUGCCUGGAAGUACUUCUAGCCUGAAUGUAGAAUGCAGAAAUUCCAAGCAACAUGGGAAAAAGGGUUCUAAAAUCACAGAUCAUUUCGUGAGAAUGCCUAAAGCAGAGGACAAAAGAAAAGAACAAUGUGAAAUCAAACAUCAAAGGACAGACAGGAGGAUCCCUAAAUACGUUCCACCGCACCUUUCUCCAGAUAAGAAAUGGCUUGGAACUCCCAUUGAGGAGAUGAGAAGAAUGCCUAAGUGUGGGACCCAGCUGCCUCUCUUGAGACCAUCUGCCAAUCACACAGUAACUGUUCGGGUAGAUCUUUUACGGGCAGGAGAAGUUCCUAAACCUUUUCCAACACAUUUUAAAGAUUUGUGGGACAAUAAGCAUGUAAAGAUGCCUUGUUCAGAACAAAACUUGUACCCUGUGGAAGAUGAGAAUGGUGAGCGAACUGCAGGGAGCAGGUGGGAACUCAUUCAGACUGCACUUCUCAACAAAUUCACAAGACCCCAAAACCUGAAGGAUGCUAUUCUGAAAUACAAUGUGGCAUAUUCUAAGAAAUGGGACUUUACAGCUUUGGUUGAUUUCUGGGAUAAGGUACUUGAAGAAGCAGAAGCCCAACAUUUAUAUCAGUCCAUUUUGCCCGAUAUGGUGAAAAUUGCACUCUGUCUGCCAAAUAUUUGCACCCAGCCAAUACCACUCCUGAAACAGAAGAUGAAUCAUUCCAUCACAAUGUCUCAGGAACAGAUUGCCAGUCUUUUAGCUAAUGCGUUCUUCUGCACAUUUCCACGUCGAAAUGCGAAGAUGAAAUCGGAGUAUUCCAGUUACCCAGACAUUAACUUCAAUCGGUUGUUUGAAGGACGUUCCUCAAGAAAACCAGAGAAGCUUAAAACGCUCUUCUGCUACUUCAGAAGAGUCACAGAGAAAAAACCUACUGGGUUGGUGACAUUUACCAGACAGAGUCUUGAAGAUUUUCCAGAGUGGGAAAGGUGUGAAAAACCAUUGACUCGACUGCAUGUCACUUAUGAAGGUACCAUAGAAGGAAAUGGUCAAGGCAUGCUACAGGUGGAUUUUGCAAACCGUUUUGUUGGAGGUGGUGUAACCAGUGCUGGACUUGUGCAAGAAGAAAUUCGCUUUUUAAUCAACCCCGAGUUGAUUGUUUCACGGCUCUUUACUGAGGUGCUGGAUCACAAUGAAUGUCUUAUCAUCACAGGUACUGAACAGUACAGUGAAUACACAGGCUAUGCUGAAACUUAUCGCUGGGCCCGGAGCCAUGAAGAUGGAAAUGAAAGGGACGACUGGCAGCGGCGCAGCACUGAAAUUGUCGCCAUCGAUGCCCUUCACUUCAGACGCUACCUCGACCAGUUUGUGCCUGAGAAAAUCAGACGUGAGCUUAACAAGGCUUACUGUGGAUUUCUCCGUCCUGGGAUUUCUUCAGAGAAUCUUUCUGCAGUGGCCACGGGAAACUGGGGCUGCGGUGCCUUUGGGGGCGAUGCGAGAUUAAAAGCCUUAAUACAGAUACUGGCAGCUGCUGUAGCUGAGCGGGAUGUGGUUUAUUUCACCUUUGGGGACUCGGAAUUGAUGAGAGACAUUUACAGCAUGCACACUUUUCUUACCGAAAGGAAACUGACUGUUGGAGAAGUAUAUAAGCUGUUGCUACGCUAUUACAAUGAAGAAUGUAGAAACUGUUCCACUCCCGGACCAGACAUGAAGCUUUACCCAUUCAUAUACCAGGCCGUUGAGUCCUGUGUGGAGACCACCAACCAGCCUGGACAAAGGACUGGGGCCUGAGGAGCGGAGUGACUAGAACCUCCUUCCACCUCCUCGCAGAAACAUCCUGUGUGAAUUGUCAGGUGUAAUAUAUGAACUGACUUAAUAGAAUGUGUGUAUAAUCCACACUUGUGUGCAAGGAUGCCAUCCCUUCUCCGCGUAUGCAGUUGUCAGUUUGUACAUCCAAGUCCCCUCCAUCUGGACUUGUGUAAACUUAGAUAUAUAUUUUUUUCACUUUUCCUGUUUCAAUCUCCACUCUGAUUGUUCUUCCUUUUGCCCGUCAGAUUUCUUGGGAAGUCCCAUGAAAGGUUGGGCUCAUCCCAUCAGGUCUCUUUUUUGAUGCCUGUGUGUUAUACCAAUGGCCUCUGUACCACAGACCCAGUAGCGCCAGGGAAGAAGUUGCAGUCCACGAAUCUCUUCAGCUGGGUCUGCUAAAGCUCUCUCCAGGGGCCUCUCAUCCCAGCUCUUGUUAAGAUUACAUUGUCUGAGAUUUUGACUUUAGAAAACUAAGAGCUGGGCUUUUUUCAUUCAUGUUAUAUAAUUCAAAUCUCCUAAGUUAAAACAAUUUUGUAUUUAAGACAGAAUAAUUUCCAGAAAUACCUAUUUUGAGACAUCAUCUUUAUCUGUUAUAGUUUUUCUGUCCUUUUUUCCCUCAUCAAUUUUUAUUGAUAAUGGUUAUAGAAACUGACCAAGAUGGAAAAAAAAAGGUAGAAUAAGAGAGAAUUUCCCCAAAUGAUGUUUAAAAAAACGAUUCAAGAGAGUUGAAGGAUUUUUUGUUUCUUAGGAUUUUUUUUUUCUUUUUAAAUUAGGAUUAUUGUUUGUUCCUUGGGGCUUAAGGCAUCAUCAUACAACCAAAGUUUAUGAACUGGGAACUUAGUGCUGAUUUGUUCAUAUUGAAGUUUCUCUGGUAUUCAAGGUUAUAUGGUUAAUAAAUUUUCAUUAGCAAUCAUUUGUCAGAAACUCUCAUUAUCUAUAUUUAUAUGUAAUAUAAAUAUAUCUUCUCUAAGUGUGUCUGUGCAACCACAUAAAGUCUAAAUAAAACUGGAGUUGUGGAAAAGGAUUCCGUUUAAGCUUUAUCAGGGCCUCUGUUUCAAAUCUUAUUUACAGUUGUGUCCCUUUAAAACUGGCAACAAACUAAUAAUGUCUUUUGAAGGUUUCAAGUAAAAACCAAUACCAAUUCUGUGUUAAUGGAGAGUAGAGUUUAAUCACAAAAGCAUUGAUUUCAGUUUCUAAAAUAAUUGUAAACCGUACCGUAGAAGUUCUGGUUUAUAGUCAGUGUCAGGAAAAGCUAUUGGAGGUAAAAUCCUAAAAAUGAGGAGUUUGGGUAGGUGGUGUCAGCACUGGCAGGGAAAAAGGGGCUUGGCCAAUGUCUGUAACUUUUUUGUUUGCAUAGAUUGAGAGGUUAAUGGAUUUGGAACCUAAAGGCAGCCACUUACUAUUAACCAAGUUCUUUGCCAUAGUAACUAAGAUUUUUAUUCAUCUCCCUAGAUCCGAAGUGUCUGGCUGUAUUUCUGUUGAUACUAAAGUUUCCUCUUUCCUCUCUAACCCAUUCUAUGCUUUGGUAAACAUUCAUAGUUAUAUUUUACUUCUUUAUUCUAGCUCCAAAUUUUUCCCUUCUUACCCAGCCCCAAGACUAAGUGAAAAGUUCUUUGAAACACUGUGAAAAGUAUAGGAUGGUUUAUGUGAGAGCUAAGCUGUUAUAUCCAGCUAAGAAGUCCUCCCAUAGAUUAUAAAACCUUUAUUUUAUGUACCAUUUUUAAAAAUUACUGCAAAUUAGAAUACGAUAUUCCAUUAAUUUUGUAAGUAUUUGGAUUUCAGAUGCCACAAUAUGAAGAAAAAGUUCAUUUUGGAAUUAAUGAAAUAUGGUAUCUGUGGAAUAAAUGUAUACUCUGAAAUACUGUGCUUCAUACAUGUUCAGCAGCAGAUUAGAGUAUAUUUUAGGCUACUACCAAUUCUAGAGAGAGUAUAUUUCUUCCUAAAUACUGAAUUUUUAUGUCUGAGUUUAUAGGUUACUCUCACAAACCUUAAUAGAAAUUACAACAUUCCGACAUGAUGGUCUCCUCCUUCUCACCAAGGACCCCUUUUAUUGUUUUGUUCUCAAAGUCCCCAUAUUUUGAAAUACUUUGAUAUCAAGUAAAAUUCAUUUGUUAAGCUCA